CCGCUACGUGUUCCACAUUCACUGCUCAUAACCAUUCAUACCGCUAGGCUCGAUCACUGCACCGUCUCGGGCUACACUAUGCUGCAACAACUAUAGGCUAAGCAUGGAGACCUUGACAGCUUUCCACCUCGUCCAACAUAUCCCCCAUACGGCACCCUACAUCUCUGCUGGGGCCUACACUCACCUGAAUGUUCGUUUACGCUUGUGCGCCGGUCGCGGGUUGGGUUUGACCACUCCAGUGCAGAGAUACGCUGUCAGCAGUGAAUCCAGUGAAAGCUCCAUGCCGACGCAGGCGUGAGGAGCCGAGGAUGACUUGAGGCUCCACAACGCCUGGCACCACUGCGUUCUUGAUUUGAGGAGGGGAUGGAUAUGUACCC